GAUUUAACACGGUAAUUUGUUUCUUGAUGGAGAAAAGGGACAGUCCCACCUCCUCCUCCUCCUCUGCUUCUCUCCUGCUCCGCGCGUUUGUCGUUCACAUCCAGCGGUCUUUCUCUGAGCCUGAAGCCGAGGACAGAGCUUCAUCCUCGGACUAAAAUCCCUCGACAUGCCGCACAAAAAGGGCUGGCUCAUGCCCGAUGAGCCCGACAACGUGCGGAGGAGGUCCACGGCCGAUCAUCCAGACCAUCGUGCGGACCCUGUUGAGCACCAUCUCCGGUUACCAGGCAGACAUUCCCAGACGGAUCGGCAAUGUCCUGUUUCACAUCAUGGGGAUCAUGGCCAAGCAGAAUCUCCCUCUCCAGACGGAUCCGGACACCACUUCUGUCAAUACACCCCCAAAUGCUUCCUCACUGUUCACAGAGGAGGUCAUGGAGGUUCAGUCCGGUCCAGUGCGUCCUGGUACGGAGACGAGGCCUGGCACGACAGCACCAAAACCACCAUCAGAGCAGAGAACGAGGUGGAGGCCCACAGGGAGGCCAACAACUACAAGUUUGGUUUCAGGAAAUGGAAGGGCCAUGUCACAGAGAGACCCAUCGAGAUCAGAUCUGACAUUGACAAAGAACUGCACUCAGACCUGAGCACCGUCAGACCUCAAGAAGGCUCACUGGUCACUUGUGGAAAUGUGGCUUACGUGAUUUUCUUCGGAUGGUGGAUUUCCUUGGUUUACUUUAUCAUUUGUGCCCUGAUGUUCAUGACCGUGCUUGGGGGAGUUUAUGGAAAGCUUUGUUGGAAAAUGGGCUGGUACUUUAUUUGGCCUUUUGGGAAGUCAAUAGAUAAGGUCAGUGAUGUGGUGAGGAAAACUGGAAUUCUCUCACAUCGAGGAGGUUUUGGAGGAGAGGACGAGGACGAUCCGAGCAGGCAGAAGGACUCCGCUCCUAUGCUCGCCUCUUCUCCGUUUCCGGUGGAGAUCCCUGUGCCAGAACCUCCAACCAGAAGAAUGUCAAGACACUGGUGUCACCCAGCUACAUACGUGUGGCUGUUGCUGGGGUAUCCUGUUCUGUUCGUGGUUCACUUCGUGGCCUGUCUGAUCUCGUGGCUUUUGGUUUUCACAAUUCCCAUUUCCAAACUCAGUGCUCGAGCUGCCACCACUGUGCUCCUCAUGGCUCCAGAAGACAUACACAUUAAUACAGUGGACAAAACUUUAAUGUGCGAGACCAGGGUCGUCUUGUGCUGUAACAAAGCAAUGAACAUUCACUACUACAAGUACUCAGUCCAAGGGAUCAACAUAUUCGCCCUCAACCUUCUCCCUCUGGUCAUCACCAGUUUAGUGAUCGGAUACACAGACAGGGACCAUGUUUACUUCAGCGCACAGACGAAGUUUGCCACAGCCAUCACCUCCAUCAUUCCUCUGUCCUAUUUCAUCGGCAUGGGAAUCGCCAGUAUUUCAGCGCAGAGUAACUUUGCGGUGGGAGCUGUGGUGAAUGCGACGUUUGGCUCCAUCACAGAGAUGACGUUCUACAUCACAGGACUGUUACAGGGACACAAAGCAGGGACCAAAUGUUACGAGGAGAUCGUCAAAGCGGCUCUCACCGGGACACUGCUGGGCUGUAUACUCUUCAUACCUGGAAUCUGUAUGAUCAUUGGAGGCAUUAAACACAGGGAGCAAAUGUUCAAUAGUCGCUCGGCUGGAGUCAGUUCAGCUCUGCUCUUCAUUUCCAUCGGAGGGGUUUUUGCUCCCACUCUGUUCUCAAAGACGUUUGGAAAUCUGGUUUGUGAAAGCUGCACCAGUGUCCCGGGAAACACCAGUGUCCCCUUCGUCUGCAAGGACUGCCACUACGACUCAAGUCAAACUGACCCACAUCUGAUUUUGUCCCACAUUGAACCUCUCGUCUACACCAUCGCCGUGCUGCUGCCGGCCGCGUACCUCAUCGGUCUGAUUUUCACGCUGAAGACUCACUCCCACAUCUACGACAUCCACAUCAGUGACAUCCAGGGGGGGCACGCUCACGGUCAGUACCAGCAGGAGGCGCGCUCGCAGCACCGCCCCAACGCCGGCCCUGUCCUCGCUCCAAGCUCCUGCAUUAACGCCAGCCUUGUAGCAACCUGCCAUGUCGUACCAGUGUCUGACCCUGUGGUGCACUGGCCUCGCUGGAGGGCUCUGGCUGUUCUCAUCCUUGCCACAGUGCUCAUGGCCUGCUGCGCCGACCGCAGCAUCGAAAACAUAGAACCCAUGCUCACACACUCCACCAUCUCCCAGUAUUUUAUUGGUGUCACUUUACUGGCCAUGGUCCCUGAGCUGCCUGAGAUUGUCAAUGGUAUUCAGUUUGCUCUACAGAACAACAUCAGCCUGAGUCUAGAAGUGGGCAGCUGCAUCGCGGUGCAGGUUUGCAUGAUCCAGAUUCCUUUGCUCAUUCUCUUCAAUGCUUUUUAUGAGGUUGGAUUUGUGCUUUUGUUCAGCGACAUCCAUCUAUGGGCAAGCAUUUUUAGCGUCAUUCUGUGCAAUUAUAUCUUUAUGGAUGGGAAGUGUGACUAUUUUCAAGGUACAGCUCUUGUGGUGGUUUACUUCAUCCUCAUGGCUCUGUACUUCUUUGCCCCAUCUCCACGCUCUUGUCCAUCCACAUGAAACUGAAAUCAAAGUUAGCAUUUUCCAAUAAAUUUAUGACUGAUGUGUAAAAUUGUGUUCUUGAAAUAAUGUAACUAAGUUUUCAUGUUUGGCAUUUAAUAAUAGUAUUUUGUUAUUUAAAUUCUGGCUGUUAUGUAUUGUGAUUUGUAUUGGAAAAAAUAAACUCAAACAUGAACAAUA